AAAAAACAUCAACCCUUGAAAACCCAUAGUGUUCGGUUGUCGGCCAUCUGCCGACGUUACAGCCGAAGCCACGUCAUAUUUGUGUGGUGCGGCUCUUGUUCUUUCGGCUUUUUCGUCACAAUUUUUGUUUCUCGGGGCUACAACACAUACUGGAUUAAAGGAUUGGACAGUAACGUGAAAAAACAAAUAGCUCUUUGACUGGUUUAUACGGGGAAAUUUUCGAUUGUGCAGGAAGAGUAAAAAUAAGACGGACACGGAAGUCUCAAAAACCAACCAAGAACUAUGAAUAUAUUGCGUUUACUCGGAGAUUUGUCGCAUUUACUCGCGAUAUUUGUUCUCCUAGCUAAAAUAUGGAAGACAAGAAGCUGUGCCGGUAUAAGCGGCAAGUCGCAAAUUCUUUUUGCCAUAGUAUAUACCACAAGGUAUCUGGAUCUACUAACAACAUAUAUAUCAGCUUACAAUUCAUUCAUGAAAAUUGUGUUCCUAGCGGCUUCUUAUGCCACUAUAUACCUCAUGUAUGUCAAAUUCAAGGCUACUUAUGAUCAUAAUCAUGAUACAUUCAGAAUCGAAUUCCUAAUAAUCCCAGCAGUAGUAUUGUCGUUUCUCAUAAAUCACGAGUAUUCCGUGCUUGAGAUAUUGUGGACAUUCAGCAUUUAUCUGGAAUCCGUGGCAAUUUUACCGCAAUUAUUUUUGGUAUCGAAAACCGGAGAGGCCGAAAGCAUCACGAGUCAUUAUUUGUUCGCCCUUGGCUCGUAUCGUGGUCUUUAUGUUCUCAACUGGGUUUACCGUUAUUAUUCCGAGAAUCAUUAUGAUCUGAUAGCAAUUGUGGCUGGUCUUGUGCAGACCGUUCUUUACUGUGACUUUUUCUACUUAUACAUCACCAAAGUACUCAGAGGCAACAAAUUGCAGUUACCAGCUUAAUUUGCGACUUUCGUUAUUUAAAAAACGAGAGAAAAAGAGAGCGAGAGAUGUAGAUCGAAGCGUAAAAAAGAAAAGUGAAUGCAAAAAAAGAUUUGUGAGCAAAGUAAGACGAAACAGCAGGGAUAAAGAGCUUGGAAGAUAACAAUUGCACCGACUCUACAAGUGUGAAUAAAGUGAGAAUGGGAGAAUGCGAGAUAAAUCAUAUAAUAAAUAUACAGAGGAUUCAUACAAAUAACAAACGCGCCAUCGACGAGUAUUUCAAGUGUGGAGAGGGUGAUAAAGAAGAGAUCGUUAAUUCAGACGCGCACAAAAAGGAAACUCAAUUUGAGAUACUUUCCUUUGCAUAUAGCAUUCUCUUGAUUAGCGCCCUAUCGGUUAAAUAGCUCAUUUAAAAUGUCGUUUCCCGUUUUUUUUUCUCCUAAUCCACGUAAAAUAAUUCUACUCCUUUUUUCGUUAUUUGGCCUCUUGCCCUGAACGCCGCCCCCAUCCUCUCAUCGAGCUAAAACCUUUUUGUACAUUUUUUUAUAGGUAAAGCUCCACUGGAAUGACUGAAAACCUCAUUUUUGAACGACCUCAUCCAAAGUUUAACAAAAAGCUGAUAAUCGCAGAUAAAACGAUUUUGAUUCCAUAAUUUAUCUUAAAAAACUUCGUUUGUCUUGAAGAGUUGAAUACGUUGAAUAUUCACUUAUCGAGAUACACAAUUUGGAUAUGUAAAUCAAUAACGGAUUUCUUCCGUAUUAUGUGACGAUGCGUUUUUGAACGAAUGUAAAAACAAGGAUAAAUAUUAUAUACGUUUUUAUCGGUAAACGUGAUUGCGUUAUAACAAGGAUAAAUUAACGAGAUCAUGGAACAAAUGUAGAUGUAUAAAAAAAAAUUCUACCAGAUUGAGUUCUACAAAAGUGAUCCGUUCCUUCUGAUUUUUCCCUUACAACCCGAAUAGAACGGAUCUAUUAUAUAUUAAAUUGUACUAUGCUUAAUAAUUGAUAAGAGGAAAUGAAAAAUA